AUGUCAGACGAUAUGAUUGAACCGGAUGUGGUGGAGUCGCGAGUUGGGGGCGGUUUUGGCGGCAGUAGCAGUGCCGGUGUCGAUGCGGGCUACACAUCAAAUAGGGGUACUCUGGACGAGUCGGUGUAUGAGACCUUCAAGAGAGACGUUCUCGAUAUCAAUACCCGGUUGAAACAAGUCGUGUACCCUCAUUUUGGGUGUCCACAGCGCUGCACUGCGGCGGACACGGGACGGGCAGAUGUCGGGGACCAACGGGCAGAUGUCGGGGACCAACGCGAGAUUCAUUGCGACCUGUGGGCACCGCUGACGUUCAUACUUGUUUACGCGGCAAGCUUGUCUCGUUCCAACACGAAUGCGUUGUUCUCAACGGUUUUUGUGUCCCUGUGGUUCGUGCUGUUGGUAAUGGCUGUGCAUUUGAGGCUUACAAAGAUACGUGACGGAAAUUCGCUUCUGUCUUAUAUAUCCAUUUCGGGGUACUGUUUGUUUCCAUUGGUAGUGAAUAAUCUUGUAUCUCAGGUUAUACUGCCGUUGUUGUUCCAUAACUUGGAAAGCCAUCUGCUUUAUCGCAUUUAUACGGCUUUGCGGCUGGUCAUUCUCGGCGGCUCUCUGCUGUGGUCGAUUUCUGCGGUUAGCUUCGUCACCAAGAGCACCACGUUUAUUCAGGUGUAUCCCUUGGCACUGUGUCUGUUCGGCGUUGGCUGGCUGUCAAUCCUUUCAUAG